UAUAUUAAUCUAAAUCUAAAUGUCUAUAGAAACAAAAGUAAUGGAAGAAAUAAUGGGAGUUGAAAUGGCUCCUCCCAUUUCGCUUAAUGAUUUUUUCGUAAACUAUUCAAAUAAGCUUAAAGAAAAUUUAAUUUUUAUGAUCGAACAUCCAUUAGUGGAAUUAAAUAUAAGACAUUGUAUGCGAAAUCGUAUUACGGACGAGGAAUUAUUGAAUCUGGAGGAAGCUACAUCACUAAAUAAACUUUCAGUGCCAGAUGAGAGUGAGGUAUAUGAAUAUCAACCAGGUGUUUCUGAAAUCUAUCGCUGUCGAUACAAAUGUGCUGAAAGUGUAUCAAAUUUGAAAUCCGAUAAUUAUUUAAGGAAUUCUAAGAAACAAUCUGAAAAAAAUCCAUUUAAGCGAUCAGCUGAAAUAUAUAAGAUGGUAGAAACUCCAUUUGAAAAAAUUGAUGCAAGGGGUUUUGUUAGCGAUUUAGUUAUAACUGUAAGAUUUUACAGUCCACGACGUGUUUCUCAUGAAGGUCAAAAAUUGGAAAAACCUAAAUUUGCUGAAGAAUUUCAGUGCUUGGGAAGUAAUUUACUAACAGAGCUUCGGGACAAAGUUUCAUGUAUAUGCGGUAAAAAAAGAUUUUUUGAUGUAAGUGACGAACCAUAUGCAGAACUUCCAGAAAAAUUUCAAGAUCCUGGAUUUUUUUUUAUAACAGAUACAUUUUACAACGAUAUGCGGAUUCCACAAAAUGCUGACUAUUCAGCAAUUAUACGUGAAUGGGCUAAAAAAACUAAUGGUUUACAGAACUUUAACUUUUCUGUAAAAAAUAUGGAAAAUGUGCGUUUUUUUGACCUAACAGUAAGCAUUGGUUUUCCACAAUUAUACCAGCAUCAUGGAAAUUGUCAACAUUUAUUUACUUUUUCACAAGUCGAAAUCCUAACACCUAGUGAUCAAUACUUUUCAAAGAAAUGUUAUCCAAUUUUAAAAUCAUAUAAUGUGCACACUAAUCGCAUAUGUGAAAUGUGUAGUAGUCAACAUUACUUUUUUGUCGUUAAAAAUAGUAAUCGCCAACUGCAUGAUCCAGCUUAUUUAUGUGGAAAUUGUUUGAAUGAUUUUUUCUAUACCGGUAAUAAAAAAAUUGGUGAAUUUGUUGCAUAUCGAGUACGCGAUUUUAAAAUUGAAGAUAAUAACGCUGAAAAAUCGGAUGAUGAUAAUGAAAGAAGAUCUUCAUGAAGAAGACUUUUACUACUUUUGAAAUAAAAAUAGCAUUAUUGAAGAUAAUCAUUAUUAAAUUAAUAAUAUGGAAUUGGAAAAACAGAAUUGAUGUUGAUUUAUCUCCAUACAUACAAAAUCUUCUUACAUACUAAAAGCAGGAAAUUUUGCAGAGAAGCCAAUUAUUUUGAAUUUAGCUGCAUUUAAAUGAUUAUUUUAUUUAUUUUAUGUCAUAUUUUCAUUAUAUAGGGCAUGCUGUAUCAAAACGAUAAAUGUGCAAGAAGUACCAGCUUGGUCGAAAAAUUAGAAGAAAAUUUGUGAUUCAUUUUGAAUUUUUAUCAAAGAAUAUAUUAUUUGAAUGAUUUACGUCAUUUUGAUGCAGGAUGAUUUUGGUGCAAUGAUGAAUUGGAAACUUACUGCUUUUUUACUGCAUAGAGUUAAGUAUAAUAAUUGUGAACCACUAAGUACCCAGGUGAUGUGUUUAAUUUAUUAAGAAUUAUUUGAUUAGCAUCGCCAAGGAGUACAUAAUCAAAUAUUUUAUAUCGUUAAUAAUUUAAAUAAGAUUUAUGUCUGUGUCACAUUAUUGUUUUGCAUUCAAAUAA